AUGGAUACUAUACAAGAAAAUUUGUUAGCAUCCUCCUCGCCUAACCAACCGCACUUACCAAUUGAUGAGGAGCUUUGGUUGAUGGCUGAAGAGAGGGCCCAGGAAAUACUAUGUACAAUUCAACCUAAUGUUGUUUCUGAGGUGAACAGAAAGCAGAUUAUUGAUUUCGUUCAGAGGCUGAUUGGAGGUUACUAUGGAGGAGAGGUAUUUGUGUUCGGAUCGGUCCCACUAAAAACCUACCUUCCCGAUGGAGAUAUUGACUUGACAGUUCUCAGUCAAGAAAGUGUAGAGGAGGAUUUAGCACAAGCAGUAUGCAAUCUACUUGGAAGUGGAGAAGAUCUUGAAUACGAAGUGAAAGACAUACAGCAUAUACGUGCGCAGGUAAAGGUUGUAAAAUGCACUGUGAAAAGUAUAGCGGUUGACAUCUCUUUCAACCAGAUGGCUGGACUCUAUGCUCUACGCUUUCUGGAGGAGGUUGACCAACUUGUCGGGAAAAACCAUGUCCUCAAACGCAGUAUAAUCUUAGUCAAAGCUUGGUGCUAUUAUGAGAGCCGACUUCUUGGGGCACACCAUGGCUUGCUCUCAACAUAUGCACUUGAAAUAUUAGUUUUAUAUAUUAUCAAUUGUUUUCAUUCAUCAUUGUGCGGUCCUCUAGAGGUGCUGUACAGAUUUUUGGACUACUACAGCACAUUUGAUUGGGAGAAAAAUUAUAUCACCAUAGAUGGUCCACAACCAUUAUCCUCCCUUCCAGAAAUUGUUGAGAAACCAGAAUCUGAUCGAGGUGGAUUGCUGAUCAGUAAAGAGCUUCUGAAAAAUUACAGGGAUAUGUGCUCUGUUUCAAAGGCGUGUGAGACUUCACUCCGUGAGUUUCCCAUCAAGUGCAUGAACAUUUUGGAUCCUCUAAAAAGUGACAACAACCUAGGCCGCAGUGUCAACAAAAGUACUUUACAUCGAAUUGGUUACGCCUUUGCCUUCGGUGCUGAAAAGCUUAAGGAGAUUCUUAACCUUCCAGGUGAAAGCAUGGGUGGAGCACUAGAGGUGUUUUUCAUGAACACCUUGAAUAGAAAUGGGAAAGGGCAAAGGCCAGAUAUCGACGUUCCUGUUCCUGCAUUUGGUACUGGAAGAUCUGAAGAACCUGUCCUUGUUGGAGAUUGUGACAGUUUCUAUGGUGGCUUACAACAUGCUCAGAUGUAUCGUAACUAUGCUAUGCCAUUUGGUGCACCUUCGAGUUCCCCACCGAUGCCAUUUGAUGCUGAUAUGCUUAAGGUACAACAAAACUGGUUUAGGUUUUAUCAUAGAAGUACUGCAUUAGUCCCUAGGCAGACAUUCUUUCAUCCAAAUGCUCCUCCACCACCAACUUAUAGCCUUGAUGAAAUAGGGAAAUCGCGAGGAACAGGCACAUACAUCCCUGACAUGACUCUUACUACCUACUGGAAUGCCCGUGCAAGAGGAUCCAGACCAAGGAGAUUCGGUACCGGGAAUAAUAACAAUAAUAGUAAUAGUAAUACUAAUGCAUUGCCCAAACAAUUGGAGAAAAAGGAAAUAGAAGAGGUUCCUUCUGAGACUGACAUGAAUGAUAAUAGCUCCAAGUCCUUUGAGCUCUCAAAUGAAGAUUUUCCUCUUCUCUCAAGCAUUGGCAACAGCACUUCGUUAGCAUCCCAAAAAUCAGAGAGAAAGGAAAUAGAAGAGGUUCCUUCUGAGACUGACAUGAAUGAAAAUAGCUCCAAGUCAUUUGAGCUCUCAAAUGAAGAUUUUCCUCUUCUUUCAAGCAUUGGCAACAGGAAUUCGUCAGCAUCCCAACAAUCCGAGCUGCACCAUAAUUCCUCAUCGCCUCAAAUGUUUCUCGAGUUUGGAACUCACAGCAUCUCACAACCAGCGACAGAAAUGAGUUUGGGAAGAAAGAGUCAGAAAGAGGAUUCCAGUGCUACUACACCAGUUGUUCCAAGUCUGGCAGUGGAGACAAAAGGAAAAUGUGCUCAGGUCGAAGAGAAGACGGGUUGA